AUGGGGGAGGAGAAGGUUACGGAGCAGCGGCAAGAGGAGAAGGAGCAAGAGGAGGAGGAGGAAGAGGACGAGGACGAGGAGGACGAGGACGAGAAGGAGGAGGAGGAGGAGGAGGACGAGGAGGACGAGGAGGAGGAGGACGAGGAGGACGAGGAGGACGAGGAGGACGAGGAGGACGAGGAGGACGAGGAUGAGGACGAGGACGAGGAGGAAAAGGAGGAGGAGGACGAGAACGAGAACGAGAACGAGAACGAGGAAGAGGAAGAGGAAGAGGAGGAGGAAGAGGAAGAGGAAGAGGAAGAGGAGGAGGAGGAGGAGGAGGAGUUGUCGGCGGUGACAGUCACGGCUGCUGCCAUGAUGACUGUGACGCUUCGCAAGCGAUGCCCGUUACAACAGUUACAUCUAAAAAGAAAAGAUAUUAAGCUAAUUGUGUUGUUGAGUAAAACUACCCGACAAUGGCGGAGGAGCGCCUUGGCGCUGCAGUGCGGUGAGUGGGCAAGACUGACAAGGUACGAGUACGCCAAGAAGAUUUCUAUCGAGCGCCUUCACGACUUGAGCAAGGUUCUGCUUCGUGAGGAAGUCGACGGAUCCUCUAGUCUUGUGGCGAUGCAGUCCAACUUAUCUUCUUUGAGAGCUUGGGACACGCUGGCGGAGAGACUGAGGAGACAACAUCGGCUCCCAUACUUUGAAUCGUUUCAUAUCGCUUUUCUUUUCAAAGCGAACUCGUCCCCGCUAUUCAAGGGGGUGGUGGAAGGAGAGCUGCUGGCAGAGAACGUGUUCCUCGCCCGAUUUCAUGGCCUCACCGACAGACUCUCAAAGUCUGCAAAGUUGCUCGCGGAAAUCGCUUACCUGAUGAUCGUGCGGAGCUCUGCGGAGAACAAGUCGAUUGGCUCGUCUUCCCAGCCCGCCCUCCGAACACAUCUUUGUGCCUGCACCUGGGAGAAGACGCUGAUGGAAUCGGAAGACUACGUGGACGAGUAUCCGUUCGCGCAUGAGCUGCCCGCGACCUUUCACGCGCUCCAGGAGAUCUUCCAAGUUUACUUCUACCGAUUCUUGGAAUCCUUGAGCGAGUUGGAGCGUCUCAGGUACCUCUGGGGGGAACUUCCGCACGUGUCUGAAGCUCACGGCAGAAGCUUCUUAGAGUACAGGACGGGGCUGAGGACGAGGCUGCUGCUGCUGCAGAUCAAGAUGCAAACUCUCUCUGCUGCGCUAGGGCUGGGCCCAAUCGACUCGCCAAGAGGCAGGGAGAGGAUGGAAAGGAUGCGCAGUCUAGCUGGGAAGUUGCAGCAUCCUGAGCUGCGGGGGUUUGUGGGUGCCGGGAGGGGGCGCGAGCAGGAGCAGCAGCUGGGAGGUGAAAUGCUGGAAAACCAGCUCGCAUACUUGGCGAGGCCGUACCUCCUGCAGAGCAUGAGCAGAGUUCGGCAGAAGAGCGUCCAGCAUGCCGUGAAGACGAUGAUGGACAAGGUCUGGGAGCUGAUUGCCGUCUUGCCGAUGAUUGUCACUCAUCUUGACCCUCUGCAGCUCAGCAUUCAGAGAGUUUCAUGCAAGAAUGUCUCGUUGAGGUUGGAGGAGCUCGAUCGGUUUUCUGGAGUUGAAGUGUUUGAGAAGUAUGGCCAGAGAGUGCAGGUUGACCUGGAAAACUCUCAAGAUCUUGUGCAGAAUGCCUUGAUACAGUUGCGAGACGGUAUAUCAAAGUUGGAGGCAUCUGCUAUGUCCUGUUGUCGCGUCAAGAACAAGAGAAUUACCAAGAGAAAUUGGGAGGGCGACAAAGGAGACGUUCAAGGACUGGAGGGGGGAGCCGAGGGCGAUCGCAAGGACGUCGUUAGUCAUACGGGGAAAUCGAGCAUCGGCCACAUUGACACGUUGAGGAGCAUGGUUUCUAUCAUGAAGGAAAGUCUCCACUUCGACACUCUUCAGCAGAACUCUCGUCCCUUUGGUGUGCUCGUAGCCAACAGCAAGAGCAGCAGAUUCAAGUUGGGAGACCUUCACAUGAAUGAGGUUGAGAGCAUCUUGGAAGAAUACUUAGAGCCAGGAGAAGGCGAAGCGUUGAAUCUCCAAGAUCGAGGGGUUGACAGACUGGAGAAGCAAGCAUUGCUCGUGCUGAAACGAAGCUUCAAGAACGGAAUCCCAGCGCUCGACCAGGGUCGAGAGUCGAGGAGGCGGAGAGAACAUCGACAGGUGCUUGCGAGAGCUGCUGACGUCGACAGUGCUGACGUGGUUCUCCUCCGAUCAGAGCUCGGCGAGGGAGAGGAAGAAGACGCUAAGCGUGGUUUCCUCCUCCAGACUAUCCUGGUGCCUGCGCUGCGCCGAUGUCAAGUUUCUCUAGACGAGAACCGACGAUCAAGGGAGUCGUUCCUCCAUCGUUAA